AUGUCUCGACCAGAACACCAAGCACCGCCAGAAAUAUUCUACAAUGAUAACGAGGCGGAGAAGUACACGAAGUCGAGUCGGAUCCAGUCCAUCCAAUCAGAGAUGACCGAACGUUGCUUGGAACUGCUCAAUCUACCUUCCCAAUCGAGCGACGGCGAGACUGAUUACUCGGGACUGAUCUUGGACAUUGGAUGCGGAAGUGGGCUGAGUGGCGAAAUCAUUAGCGAACAUGGUCAUCAAUGGGUUGGCGCAGAUAUUAGCGGAAGUAUGCUCGAAAUCGCAUUGGACAGGGAGGUCGAAGGCGAUCUGUGUUUGCAUGAUAUCGGACAGGGGUUCGGCUUUAGGCCCGGGAGCUUCGAUGGAGCAAUCAGUGUAUCAGUGAUUCAAUGGCUAUGCAAUGCAGACAAGUCGACAAACUCGCCUCCGAAACGGCUCAAGGCGUUCUUCGAGACCCUCUUUGGUGCAUUGGUGCGAGGCGCAAGAGCAGUCUUUCAGUUCUAUCCCGAAUCAGAUGACCAGGUCAGGUUCAUCAUGACCUUCGCUAAUCGGGCUGGAUUCACCGGAGGCUUGGUUGUUGAUUACCCUAACAGCCAGAAAGCGAAAAAGUUCUAUCUGGUGUUGAUGACCGGACCUUCGCCCCACUCAUCGGCGACCAACAAUGCAAACCAACUCCCUCAGGGACUCACAACGGAAGACCAGAAUGACAGAGUCAAGUAUAGCAAAAAAACUAACAGUCAUCGCAAUCAUUCGCGGAAAAAGUCUUCCUCAAAAGGCGGCACUGAUGAGUCUAAGCAAGCAUGGAUCUACAAGAAGAAAGAGCUGUAUCGGAAGCGGGGUAAAGAAGAUGUUCCGAGAGACUCGAAAUUCACUGGUCGGAAACGGAAGACCCAAUUCUGA